GCGGCGCCCCCCUGCGGCUCGUGGGGGGCCCCCACAGCUGCGCAGGGCGUCUGGAGGUGCUUCACGGGAGCCAGUGGGGCUCGGUGUGUGAUGACGGAUGGGGGCUGCUGGAGGGCGCUGUGGUGUGCCGGGAGCUGGGCUGUGGCGCAGUUCAGGCUGCCCCCGGGGGGGCACAUUUUGGAACUGGCACUGGCCCCAUCUGGCUGGAUGACGUGGGCUGCAGUGGGAAGGAGAUGUCCCUGAGGCAGUGCCGGGCACGGCCCUGGGGGCGCACCAACUGCCAGCACGACGAGGACGCCAGCGUCAUCUGCACAGGGGGUGCUGUGCUGCGGCUGGUGGGUGGCGCUGGUUCCUGCUCCGGGCGGCUGGAGGUUUUCCACCAGGGCCGCUGGGGCACAGUGUGCGAUGACAUGUGGGCGCUGCCUGGCGCGGCUGUGGUGUGCCGGGAGCUCGGCUGCGGGGACCCACUCUCUGCUCCCAGGGGGGCCUUUUUUGGUGAGGGCAGCGGUCCCAUCUGGCUGGACAACGUGCGGUGCCAGGGCAAUGAGUCAGCGCUGAGCCUGUGUCUGGCUGCACCAUGGGGCGUGCAUGACUGCCAGCACGCGGAGGACGCUGGUGUGGUGUGUACAGACGAGUUGGCCCAUGUGAGGCAGCGCUUUGCCAAGCCCAUGGCCCCACAGCCACGGACGCAGAAGCCACGGACGCAGAAGCCACGGAUGCAGAAACCACGGACGCAGAAGCCCCGACCCCGGCUCCCUUCAGCGGCACGGGAGGAGACACAGGCACCAGCCCAGGUAUCCCCACAGGCAGUGCUACCAGGGAAGUGGAAGCCGUUGUCGUUGCUGGAGGGCACCAGCCCCCGGGAGGCCGCCCAGCCAGAGGGGACCACGCGGAGCCCCCCAUCCUCAGGAGAGCCAGAGCUGCCCACUGCUGGACCCGUAGCCCAGGCUGUGACAGAUGCUGCCAUGCGGGUGAGCAGCCCCAGGGAUGGGCUCCGUCCUGAACGGCACGGAGCCCCGGGGACGCAGCGCCCCGUCCCGAAGAACCGGCGGCCCCGCCCCAAACCAUUGGAGACACGCACAG